AUGGAUACGACACCAAUCUUCCAGUCCAGCUUCUCCAUCCGAUCGCUGCUCUCCGUGGACAAAAAGCAGGAGUCUCCCAUUUCGAAACACAACUCAGGAUGCAGCUCCAGCUCAUGCUCGAGUUCCAGUUCCAACUCCAGCUCGGAUUCAAUGGCCGCAAAGAGCAAUGCAAAGCCGGCUUUCACCUACAGCGCCCUCAUAGUGAUGGCCAUCUGGAGCAGCUCCGAGAAGCGUCUGACCCUGAGCGGGAUCUGCAAGUGGAUCGCGGACAACUUCCCGUACUAUCGCACCCGCAAGAGCGUCUGGCAGAACUCGAUCCGACACAACCUGAGCCUCAAUCCGUUCUUCGUUCGGGUGCCGCGAGCUCUCGAUGAUCCUGGACGUGGCCACUACUGGGCACUCGAUCCGUAUGCCGAGGAUCUGUCCAUCGGCGAGACAACGGGACGCCUGCGCCGCAGCAAUUGGCAGCAGAAUACGGUGGCGAGGCCCAAGGUCACAGGUCAUCCCUAUCAGCGAAUGCCAUAUUAUGGGCACGGGCACGGUAACGGCCCAUAUAUCAAGUCCCACAGCGCCUACUUCCCCAUAGUGGACCAUCAACACCAUGCCGCCAUGGUGCAGCACUACCAGGCCAUGAUGCACAGAUACCAGAUGAUGCCACAUCCACACCAUCACCCGCAUCAGCAUCAGCAUCCUCAUUUCAUCCAGCAAUCGAAGCCCCUUCAUGUCCAGGAGCCGUAUCAUCAUCACCGCUACCAUCUCCACCAAGAGUGA